CGAAAAAAUUGGAAAAAACGGAAAAAACUGGACAAAAUCUGUGCAAAACGUCUUAAAUAGAACAUUUUACAAGUGGUAAUUAUUCUGUAGAGUAUUUUAGACAACUAGAUUUAGCCUACGCAUGGCAAAUACAAUGGAAUUCGACUGGGAUAACAUAAGCAUUGGCGAUCCCGGAAUGAACAACUCGGGAAGCUUUUUCUAUCGAGCGAUCAAGAGUGAAAAACAAUUGUUUGAUCCACUGUCGAUCAAAAUGGAACAAAUUGAUAUUAAGCAAGAAAAAUCGGAAGAUCCAUGUUCUAGUUUAGGUUCGGCAUCGGACAAAUCCGCCGAAUCCGGAGGCGCAAGCACCCACCAGCAGGAGCAGCAGCAGUAUCAGAUUAAGAAGGGUUUGCCGAAGGUCCACUCGCAGGACACGUACGACCGAGCUUACCGUUAUGCUCAGGCAUACGAACAAAAGCGACAAGCGUUGCGCGAAAAGGAAAACAAACAGCUGCAAGAGAUGAAAAAGUUUCACGCACGUCCUGCACCGAAUUUUCGCCAGACGGUGCUGAAGAAGGAAAAUGCCGAGCCAAAGUUUACCAUUCCAACCACCCCGAAACAGAUGAAACCGGAUCGGCUGAAAAAGUCAGCCGAUAAUGCCAAAAAACAGCAAGAACGCACGAAGGAACCCGAACCAGCUAAAUUUAGAGCACACGACGCCAAAGUCCUAAAGGAACAGCCAUUCAAACCGGAACUUCCGAAAACGGUGCUUCAGCAGGCACCGUUUAAUCUCCGCAUGUCGGCUCGGCUGCAGGAACGCAAACAGUUCGAUGCCGAACUGCAGCGGGCCAAAGAGGAGAAAGCACGACGCGAAGCGGAAGAACGCCGAGCCACCGAAGAACGAGAGCUUAAGCUGCUGCGCAAGCAGAAGGAAUUCAAAGCCAACCCGAAUCCGUUCAAGUGAUUGCUUGCCGAUUGACCUACACGAUUGUAUUAUCUUAUUUUUUCGAAUAGGUUUUUCUGAGAUUUUAUGUUCAUGUGUAUUUUACAUAAAAAUAGUCAUUAUUAUUCAAUAAUAACUUG